AUGCAUCCGGAAAUAGUAACCGAAGAGUUUGAGGCAAAGCUACAAGUAAAAGAAGACGAACCCAAAAUUGAUUUAGAAGAAGAGGACGAUGAUGAAGAGAAUGAUCAUGAGAUUGAACUUGUUGAUGCUACUGAAGAAGAUUUUUCAUUUGUAUGUGGAGUACUUACAUCACCUGUAGCAGCAGCUGAAGCAUUUGAUAAUGGUCAAAUCAGACCAUUUUUUCCUCUCUUCAAUCAAGAUCUUCUCUUAUCUGAUAUUGAUUUCCAGCACUUGAAAAAACGCGCACCUGUCAACAAGGUAUUCAUUGAAACAGAUAAUAGCAACAAUCCUCCCAUAACAACAUCCGAUGAAGAAAUCUCCGGACCUUAUUGCGAGUGGUCGAAAAAGACAACAAAUAUAAAUAAUUCAGCUGAAAAUAAGAGUACUUGCAAAAAAAGUAAUUCAACUGGAUUUUCAAAGCUUUGGAGAUUUCGAGAUUUCAUGAAUAGGAGUAACAGUGACGGAAGAGAUGCCUUCGUAUACUUGAACAACAAUUCUAGUACUACAAGGUCGUCUAUGUCAAACGUUAACAAGAAAGAAGAUAAAGUUGUUGUCACCGAGAAGAAAGAGAAAAGCAGCGGAGACGGAGUUGUGAAAUUAGUAACACAAAAUAAGAAGAACAUUAAAAAGAGUGAAGCUGUGUUAGCACAUGAAGUUUAUAUGAGAAGUAAAGCCAAACAUGAGGAACGCCGACGAUCCUAUCUUCCUUACCGGCCGGACCUUGUUGGUUUCUUCACUAAUGUUAAUGGUGGAUUAACCAGAAAUGUACACCCAUUUUAA